AAAGAAGAAAGAGAAACACACAGAGGCAGAUGGCGUCUGAUGGAGACAUGAACAUAUUCAAAGCAGGAGGCAGAAAAAACUGGUGUCCUCUAUUUGAAUUAGGAUUAUAGGUUUCAUCUCAUUGUGGAUAUCACUUACAGUCUAUGGAGUUGAUGAACACUGCUAACAUGUCAUAUGAAAAGUGUUGGAGAAGAAAACCUUUGAACACUGUUCUCACAUUUCUGUUAAUCAUGAUGAAUGUCUUCAGUGUUCUUAGCCACACAUGUCAUCAUGCUGAGUACUUAAUUAACCAAAGAUGCUGUCCAAAGUGUCCUUCUGGAGGUCGAGUUAAAACAGAUUGUACAGAGUUCAGAAGUACAUCCUGUCUGUCCUGUAUUGAUGGAAGAUUCAUGGAUGAACCAACAGCACGUAGAGAGUGCUUCCCCUGUACAAACUGUGAUUCAGGUUCUGGUUUGAGGAUAAAGACAUCAUGCACAACAUUAUCAAAUACAGUUUGUGAACCUCUGGAUGGAUUCUAUUGUACAGACUCUGAUAAAGACAACAAACACAACUGUAUAGCAGCACAGGAACACACAAGCUGUGAACCAGGACAAUAUAUCAGCCACAAAGGAACGGCCUUCACAGACACUGUGUGCACUGACUGCAGUAGUGACACAUUUUCAGAUGGGACAUCUACAUCUUGUCAGUCACAUACAAAAUGUGAAUCAUUAAAUCUUCAGCUGAUAAAAGCAGGAACUGCUUCAACUGAUGCAGAAUGUGGAGAACAUAGUUCAAACACAGCAGUAAUUGUGGACCCUGUUAUUGUGUUUGUUGUGUUACUUAUCACCGGAGCAUCUCUACUUGUAUUUUUCUAUCUCAGAAAAAAAAGUUCUCAAAACUCAGGAGCAGGAAGAAAUGAUGCAGAUGUUUCCACACAGGAAUCUCCGAGAGAAGAGGAAACAAAAAUGUUAUCAUUGACAAUAGAUAAAGGUUGAAAUGUUCACCUGACAUCACUGUCCAGGAUACUGGAGCCUUUCCUCAGACACACCAGAUGCUAACCUGUCACCAGUCUAUCACAUACAGAGCAGCUCAAUCAAUC